AAAAACUUUGUAAAAAUUUUCCAAAUUUAUUGUUAAGAAAGCUCACAUAUUAAAAAAUCAAUUAAUAUGAAACAGUACAAGAAUAAUCAAUGAGUAGGAUUCUUGGUAUGUUCACAAGAUGUAUAUCAACAAAUUGCUCCACUUCCUACAGGUAUUUGAAAACUACCAAAAAAUUACGAUACAAAACUCCUCAACUUCAAUUUAUUGGCGUAAGAAACUAUGGCAAAUAUCGAAAUAUUAAUACUACAAAUCGUUCAAAGAAAAUAGCCAUAUUCGGAGUACCUGCGCUAAUUUUAACUUCUUUGUACUUCCGAAAACUUCGAAGGGCCAAAGAAUCAAAAAAUAAACUUUAUCAGUAUAGAAAAGAUAUGGGUGAGCUAACAAGGUCACACUCUACCGACUCGAUAUCCAGUUUACCAGCAGAACCUACCGAAAAUGAUCAAAAUCUUAGGGAACGCUACAACUUUAUUAACAAAGUUGUUACUCAAUGUGCGCCGGCAGUCUUUUACUUAGAAAUUAGAGAUCCCGUUAAAAAAGAUAUAGACGGACUCCCCCUAAUAACAUCAAAUGGAUCUGGAUUUAUUAUAAGUGAUGACGGUUGGGCGCUUACAAAUGCGCAUGUCAUUCUAAACAAACCACAGUCCAUAAUAACAGCAGUACUAAGAGAUGGUACCAGCUAUAAAGUUGAUGUAGAAGAUAUGGACAUGAAUAUUGAUUUGGCACUCUUGAAACUGGACGUCAAAGAUAAAGUGCCCAGUUUAAAAUUUGGUCAAGAUGAUACUUCCGUUGGUGAAUGGGUGGUUGCUUUGGGUAGUCCACUAUCUCUCAGCAAUUCAGUUACUGUAGGAAUUAUAAGCUGCGUUAAUCGUCCCGCCCAAGACUUGGGGUUGAAAAAUGACUCGAUGUCAUACAUCCAGACGGACGCCGCGAUUACCUUCGGAAAUUCGGGCGGGCCUCUAGUGAAUUUAGAUGGCAACGUUAUAGGAAUCAACAAUCUCCGGCUGACGUCCGGAAUAUCCUUCGCUAUUCCCGUAGAAUAUGCGAAGAAGUUUCUGGAGAACGGCAAAUACAGAGUGAAGGGGCUGCAGUACGCUGGUCCGAUGGGAAAAAAUUUGUUUGGCAUAACGACGAUUUCGAUUACACCAGAGGUUGUAAGUGAGCUACUAAGAAAUAACAAAGAUAUUCCGAAAGACAUCAAACAAGGACUGCUCGUCUGGAAAAUUUUACCUGGGACAGCCGCUUUCAAGGGAGGCCUAAAGGCAGGAGAUAUAAUAACUCACAUCAACGACAUUCCAGUGUCAAAUCCUGCUGAUCUUUAUUCGUCGUCGGACUACAAUAAAACCGUAAAAGUCAGCUUAAUACAAGAAGGAAAGAAGAAAACAAUAUUUCUUUAUCCUGAAAUGUUUAUUGAAGAAUUUUAAAAUAAAAUAAGUUUGUAACACUACACACUGUAACAGUUUUUAUUAAAGGAUUACAAAAGCC